CUAGAUGAUGAGGAUGUUUUUCUCUGCGGGAAGUGUAAGAAGCAGUUCAACUCACUGCCGGCAUUUAUGACCCACAAGCGGGAACAGUGCCAUGGGAAUGCCCCGCCCCUGGCCACCGCCUCAUUGGCCACUAACAGCAUCUACACGCCUUCGGCAGCCCCCACAGCGGUCCAGCAGGCCCCACCUCCUACUAAUCGCCAGAUCUCCACGUACAUUACAGUGCCCCCAUCCCCGCUGAUCCAGACCCUGGUGCAGGGGAACAUCUUGGUGAGUGAUGAUGUGCUCAUGUCUGCCAUGUCGGCCUUCACAUCCCUGGACCAGCCCAUGCCCCAGGGCCCCCCACCUGUGCAGGUAAGGAGGGGGCCGGCUUUUCAUAGGAUCUUAAUUCCAGACCUGUAUAUUGACUGCCAUGGAUUUGGAACCUUUCCCAACCCUGGCGGAAAUGGCGUGGUGGAGGUGUACAGUGCCACGGCGCCCCUGGCUGGGAGCGGCACGGUGGAGAUCCAGGCAUUGGGAAUGCAGCCCUACCCACCCCUGGAGGUGCCAAACCAGUGUGUGGAGGCUCCAGUAUACCCCACCCCUCCGGUGUACAGCCCUGGCAAACAGGGAUUCAAACCGAAAGGACCAAACCCAGCUGCCCCCAUGACCAGCGCCACGGGGGGCACAGUGGCCACCUUUGACUCCCCACCAACGCUGAAGACCUGCCGGGCAAAAGGGGCCAGUGGACUCCCAGAAGCUGCAGGGAAGCCAAAGGCUCAGAAACUCAAGUGCUCAUACUGUGACAAGUCAUUCACCAAAAACUUCGACCUGCAGCAGCACAUCCGAAGCCACACCGGUGAGAAGCCCUUCCAGUGCAUUGCAUGUGGCCGUGCCUUUGCCCAGAAAUCUAAUGUCAAGAAACACAUGCAGACGCAUAAGGUGUGGCCUCCGGGGCGUAGCGGCGGCACUGUCUCUCGCAACUCUGUGACUGUACAGGUCAUGGCCCUCAACCCCAGCAGGCAGGAGGACGAGGAAAACACAGGGUUGGGUCAGUCCCUGUCAAGUGCCCCACAACCCCAGGCCUUGCCUGCCGCAGGUGAGGAUGAAGGGGACAAGCUGGAGGCCAAGCAGGUCGUCUUCAUUGACAGCUCCUAUCUGUGCCAGUUCUGCCCCAGCAAGUUCAGCACCUACUUCCAGCUCAAGUCCCACAUGACCCAGCAUAAGAAUGAGCAGGUUUACAAGUGUGUGGUGAAAAGCUGUGCGCAGACGUUCCCAAAGCUCGACACAUUUCUGGAGCACAUCAAGAGCCACCAGGAGGAGUUGAGCUAUCGCUGCCAUCUCUGUGGCAAGGACUUCCCCUCGCUCUAUGACCUGGGCGUGCACCAGUACUCCCACAGCCUCCUGCCGCAGCAAAGCCCCAAGAAGGACAGCGCUGUCUACAAGUAUGUGCCCUCUCCCUGCCCCCUCCCUCUCCCUGCUGGGACCCCAGGGCUCUGCAGCCUUGCUCGUUCUGACUGCUAA